AUGAUAUUAAUGGCCAACAAUAUAAGAUCUAGUCCAGUAUUAACGAUAAAUAAUAAUAAUAAACCUAAUAAUAGCCCAUUGUUAUCGGGUGGAGUUCAUUCAAUUCAACGUGAUAAUAAUCGAGAUCUUCUUUAUCCAAAAAAAUUAGCAAUUUCUCCAAAAUUGAGUGGUCUUGGAACAACACAAGAUAGCAGUCUGUCAUCAGAUUCAUAUAGUAUCAAUCGACAAGGUUCUGGUGAAUCCAAUUAUAGUCAACAAUCCUCAGAAAGUUUUGAUGGGGAUUCACCUGAUAUAACUAAAACAAAUGCUACAACUACAAAUAGUUUAUCACCUCCAAUAAAACCUCGUGAUCAAACACGUUCAGCAAGUGAAGCACUUGAACGAUGUAAAACAAAACCAGUUGCAUUUGCUGUACGAACAAAUAUUGAUUAUGUACCAUCAUCUGAUGAUCUUUGUCCUAUUGCUAAAGCAGCUAUUUCAUUUACAACAAAAGAAUUUCUUCAUAUUAAAGAUAAAUUUAAUAACGAUUGGUGGAUUGGUCGAUUAGUUAAAGUUGAUGCACCACUUGGUUUUAUACCAAGUCCAGCAAAAUUAGAAAUGAUACGUAUACAAUCAAAUCGUAAAAGUAAAAAUCAUCCAAUACCACUUGCGAAUGCAACACCACGUAUAAAAACAUCCACACAAAGUCUUGAUAUGAUGGAUCAAAAUAUACCUACAUUUAAUGACGAUAUGUUUGGCAAUGAUGGUGAUGGUGAUAAUCAUAGUCUUACAAAAUCAAAAUUAAAUACAAAUAUGAAUAAAGAUAAAAAGAAAAAUUUUUUUAAAAAAACUGUUAACAUAACACCAUAUGAUGUUGUACCAAAUAUGCGUCCUGUUGUAUUAGUUGGUCCAUCAUUAAAAGGAUACGAUGUAACUGAUAUGAUGCAAAAAGCUGUUUUUGAUUUUUUAAAACAUCGUUAUGAAGGUCGUAUUAUAAUAACACGUAUUACAGCUGAUAUAUCACUUGCUAAACGUGGUCUAUUAAAUAAUCCAUCAAAAAUUGCACUUAUUGAACGUACAACUACAAAUAAUGGUGGUGGAGGUGGUGGUGGUAAUGGUGAUAAUACAUCAUCAACAACACCUGGUCUUGGUUCAUUAAAUGCAACACGUUCAAAUGGUAUAAAAGAAGUUCAUGAUGAAAUUGAACGUAUAUUUGAAUUAGCACGUAGUUUACAAUUAGUUGUACUUGAUUGUGAUACAAUAAAUCAUCCAGCUCAAUUACAAAAAACAUCUUUAGCACCAAUAAUUAUUUAUUUAAAAGUUUCAUCACCAAAAGUUUUACAAAAAUUAAUUAAAUCACGUGGUAAAAGUCAACAUAGAAAUUUAAAUGUACAAUUAGUUGCUGCUGAUAAAUUAACACAAUGUCCAAGUGAAAUGUUUGAUUUAACAUUAGACCAAAAUCAAUUAGAAGAAGCAUGUAAUACUUUAACAACAUUUUUAGAUACAUAUUGGAAUGCAACACAUCCAAAAUUAGAUGAAAAAAAUGAUUUAACAAAUGAUACAACAUAUGUUCCACCACGUCCAGCAGCUUCACUUAUUGCUCAUAUACCACCAAUAAAUCCUUCGGGAUCUAUAGUCGUACCAAUUGUUACAACAACAGCACGUUUACUUCCAUCAUCACCAUUACUUAAUGAUAUAACACCAACACAAUUAUCUAUUAAUCGUUAUGGAACUUCAAAUCAAAGAUUACCAUCAACAAUAUCGAAUUCAGAUUAUUAUAGACAAACAAUACCUCCUCCUCCUCCUCCUCCUCCACCUCCUCCUCCUCCUUCUGCAUCUAUAUAUGAUGAUGAAAGAUUUGCCCAUUAUGAAAUGGCUAAUUUUCGGUAA